AGGACGCUGUUUGAAACAAUGGGAUGUGCCAGACCAUGAGUAUAUUCAGACGGGAGCUACGGAAAUGCAAUAGUUUUAUUACUACGACGACUAGUGCUGGGAAUAUUUCAGGAACGUUGCAACAGUACACAACGUCUACAUUCAGUGAUCAGGGAUACCACUGCAAUCAAGAUUUUAAGCUAGAAUGGCUUGCCGCAACAUACAUGCAAUGACAGUAUUUGCAUUUCUAUUUGGAAUGGCAUCAGUAGGAGGACUCAUUGCAGCUACCCUCAUUCCUCAGUGGAGAAUUACAAGACUAAUCACUUUCAACAAAAAUGCCAAGAAUGUAACAGUCAACGAUGGACUAUGGGUGAAGUGUGUUCGACUGGACGGAAGCACAGCCUGUCUUGUAUACGACAAGGAUUGGUAUUCCACAGUGGACCAGUUGGAUCUACGAGUUCUUCAAUUCGCCCUUCCCAUCAGCAUUUUGAUUGCCGUCUUUGCAUUGAUGUUGUGUGUCAUUGGCAUGUGUAACACUGCUUUUGGCCCAGAAGUCCCCAACUUUAAUCUUGCCAAGUGCCUUGUAAACAGUGCAGGGUGCCACCUCGUAGCUGCUUUACUUUAUCUACUGGCAGGUGCCUUAAGCAUAAUGCCUUCAAUCUGGGUCAUUUUUCAUACUGCCAAUAUGAGCAAGAAGUUUGGCCCUUUGUUUUCCCCAGCUAUUUCUGUUUAUUUGGCAAUUGGCAGUGCAGGAGGAAUGCUUCUCACAUCAUGUCUUUUGCUUUUGUGGUACUGUGCUUGCAAGGCUUUGCCGUCGCCAUUCUGGCAACCGCUUUAUUCACCACCUGCCAGCGUCUAUAGUUACCCAGCUCAUUCUUACGUUUCUCCUCGUUAUUCAUCGCGCUCCAGAUUGUCAACUAUUGAAAUAGACAUCCCAGUUGUCACACAGGUCCCUUAAAAAUAAUGCAGCCUUAAGCCACUCCUUAGGUCACAGUUAAAAAAAAAAAAAUGGGAACAGGACCAAGGGGAUUUCAGUGUCUGCAGAAAAAGAAUCAUAACCUGGAAUCUGUCCCGCUGUAUUCCCAAAAGAAUAGUCUUCAGAAAUCAAACUUUGGCAUGCUGCCAUAAUCGCUGUUCAACAACUGUAGCAGUUUCUAGUCUGAUAUGUGUAGAAACCCAUAAAUAAUGCAAAAGGUUAUUAGUUAUCAUAAUUCAGAAUAAAUAUUCCCUUGAAUUCCAGAGGCAGCCUUCUUUUACAUAAAAACAAGUUAUAAAAAUGUUCCCAAAAGGAGUAAAGCCUUUUCCACAACAGUCCACAAAUGCCAAGUUUGAGUAUAGUUACGGUGCUGCUCUGUAGGUUCCCAGACUUGUCACAAAUCUUUUAAAAGGGUUAUUAUUUAACAUAGAAGCUACUGGGUAUCAGAAUAUCCUAAGACUCAAUUAUGACCAGCAGCAUUUUGACUAACUAAUUCAGGCCAUAUGUAACUUCAGAUAGCAUUAGUAGUUUACUUUGUAACAAGAAAUGACUUGUGCUUGUAUUUUAAAAUACCCUGCAUAAUACAGUAACCUGGGACCAGGUCUAUUACAAUAGACUUAGUUAUGUAGUGAUUGCUUUUUUCAUGUUACUGAAACCAGAAGUUUUAUUCUGUGGACAUCUGUCCAACUGUUAUAUGUUUCAGUGUCAAUAACUUUAGCAUGUUAUUUGUUCCAACUAAAUGUUCUAAUCUAGUGUUAAAUCAUUAAUGUGUGUCAUUGAUAUUUGCUUUUGCCUUGCUCCUCCAGCCUGUUUACUAUUGAAUUGCUGUUAAUUCCGUCUCUAUUGCUUUACUGCUUUUUAACAUUGUAAUCCACAGUUUUGCUUGACAUUUAUUAACAUGUAGACAGUAUUUUUGUAUGGAUUCAUGGGAAGUUCAUCCUAAAAACUAAAGCUUAUAAACACUAUGAUUCUAAAAUGCGUAAUGCAUGCCUUAGAUGUUAAAACACGAUGCAAAUAUAUUUGUAUAUGCAUUUAUAUAAACACUGUAAACCUUGAUGGAAUAACAUUGUACUUUGAAAUACAUAGUACUUUUUUUUUUUUUUUACUAUUUCUUAAAAGAUUUACAUUUGCAGUUGUCCUUGCCUUUUGAUUUUUGUCAGUAUUUGCAUUGUAAUGCCCGUAUAGGGGAACACUACCUUUUUAUUGUAUCUGCCAGUAUGCAUUUUACUGUGUGGUAUGAUGCGCAGUAAGUUACCUGCUGUAUUUAUUCAGUUGCAAUUAAACUAUUUAGUGUUGGGCAAGCAUAAAAUGAUUAUACAGCUUCAGGGAAUUCAUAAUCUGUAAUUCACGGUUUUCCUACAUGAAGAAAAUGUUUACUGUAAAUAAAGGGAAUAAAGAUGCAUCAAAUUAGUGCUAUGUGCACAGCCUACAUA